UUAAAGGCUGAGUCAAAAGCCAAGAAGUCUCUUUAUUUACGCCUACCUCCGUGCCCGUGGCAAUCUGACUAAUAACAAACUGCUCUAACAAGAAAGACUAGAAAGAGCAGAGAGCACACAGAAGCAGCUUGCAUCUAAAAAUCUGACAAACCAAGUGAUCCAGUUAAGCUCUGCUGAGCGUUUUGUUUGUUUACUGCAUCCAAAUGCUUGCAAACAGUUAACUAUAUGCAGAUAAGUCAGCAUAGCUGUGAAGUACGCUGUGAAUUUUAAUUGAGGAAGAAGGACAACUACUUAUAGGAUAGUCUAAUGAGCACGCUGCCUGGAAGAUUUUUUUUCGAUUGAAUGCUUUGUACUUUGUCUUCUGAACAAGGAUUUUAACUUUAUGGAGCUGUAGUAUUGCCAGAGCUUGCAGCAAAAAGAAAGUGUGCAUUUUUCACAGGGAAAAAAUUACAUCGCAUUGAAGCAGCUGCUUCAACUGUGCAUUGGUGAGCGUUACAGGAAGCGUUACUGCUGUACAGAAUCUGCUGGGCAUCAUGAAGCUCUGGAUUUUUAUUCUAUAUUCAGUUGUCGUUGCAUCUGAUCCUUUCCACUCUCAGCCUUCUUUUUCUUCAGUCAGAGGAUCUUGUCAGAGUUUGUGUUCCUGUGAAGAAAAGGAUGAUACCAUGAUUAUAAAUUGUGAAGAAAGAGGCAUCAGGAUGGUAUCAGAAAUAAAUGUCCCACCAUCACGGCCUUUCCAUCUUAAUCUGUUAAACAAUGGCCUGACUAUGUUACAUGUGAAUGAUUUUGCUGACCUUGUUAAUGCUAUCUCUCUACAUCUUGGUUUUAAUAAUAUUGCAGAUAUUGAGCCUGGGGCUUUCAAUGGUCUCAGCCUUCUUAAGCAACUUCAUAUCAAUCACAAUUCUUUAGAAACACUUAAAGAAGAUAUGUUUAAUGGACUGGAAAAUCUGGAGUUUCUUCAAGCAGACAACAAUUUCAUCACAGUGAUUGAAGCAAGUGCCUUCAGCAAGCUCAACAGGCUUAAAGUGCUUAUUUUGAAUGAUAAUGCCAUCGAGUAUCUUCCUCCGAAUAUAUUUCGUUUUGUGCCAUUGACCCAUUUAGACCUUCGUGGAAACCAAUUACAGACACUGCCCUAUGUUGGUUUUUUGGAACACAUUGGUAGAAUACUAGACCUUCAGUUGGAAGACAAUAAAUGGGCCUGUAACUGUGAUUUGCUGCAGCUGAAAAUAUGGCUAGAAAACAUGCCUCCUCAGUCAAUUAUAGGUGACAUUGUAUGCAAUAGUCCUCCAGUUAUCAAAGGUAGCAUCUUAAGUAGAUUGAAAAAAGAAUCACUUUGUCCUACUCAUCCUGCCAAUGAACUUGAAGAUCCUUCAGGGUCACUGCCCUUGGUUGUAACCACCUCUGUCAGUGAUAGUCACCUAUCAACUAAGGUGAUUCCUAUCCUGAAAGCUCCUACUAAAGAACCAAGUUUAGUGCUUCAUACUUCAAAGCCUACUACUGAGUUUCCAGGAAUCUACUGUCCUGUCCUCUGUCACUGCACCAGCCAUAUGCUCUCAGGAGUUCUCAUGCACUGCCAGGAGCGAAAUAUUGAAAGCUUGUCUGAUUUAGGACCCCCUCCUCCAAAUCCUAAAAAGCUAAUUCUAGCUGGAAACAUUAUUCAGGCAAUACUGAAAUCAGAUCUUGUGGACUAUGCUGGCCUGGAAAUGCUUCACCUGGGGAACAAUCGCAUUGAAAUCCUAGAGGAAGGAUCUUUCACAAAUCUGACUAGACUGCAGAAAUUAUAUCUCAAUGGCAAUCAUCUUACGAAGCUGAGUCAGAAUCUCUUCCUUGGCCUUCAGCACCUUGAAUACUUGUACCUUGAAUAUAAUGCCAUCAACGAAGUUUUGCCAGGGGCAUUUAAUGUAAUGCCAAAACUUAAGGUCCUUUAUUUGAAUAACAACCUUCUGCAGACUUUGCCACCCCAUAUCUUUUCAGGUGUUCCACUUACCAGAUUAAAUCUGAAAACAAACCAAUUUUCUCAUUUGCCUGUGAGCAAUGUCUUGGAUGAACUGGAUAUGCUGGUACAAAUUGAACUUGAAGACAACCCCUGGGACUGUACCUGUGAUGCUGUUGCGUUGCAGAAAUGGAUACAAAAACUGAGUAAGAAUACAAUGAUGGGUGAUAUUUUUUGUAAAUCUCCAGGACACCUGGCAAAAAAAGAGCUGAAAUCCCUGAACAGUGAAGUCUUGUGUCCAGGUUUAAUAAACAGCCCUGCUUUACCAACUCGUGCCAGUUUUGUAGUUGUGACAACUUCUACUGCUACUACCAACACCGCAGACACCAUCUUGAGGUCCCUUACAGAUGCUGUCCCACUUUCUGUUCUAAUACUAGGACUUCUAAUUGUGUUUAUAACUGUUGUAUUUUGUGCAGCAGGAAUAGUUGUUCUUGUUCUUCAUCGGCGACGAAGAUGCAAAAAGAAACAAGCGGAUGAUCAAAUGAGGGAUAGUAGCCCCGUUCACCUUCAGUAUAGCAUGUGUGGGCAUAAGACAACACACCACACAACGGAGCACCCAUCUGCAACUCUUUAUGAGCAACGUAUGGUUACUCCCACGGUUCAGGUCUACCGCAGCCCAUCCUUCAGUCCCAAACAUACUGAGCAACAGCAAGAGGGAAGUGAGAAGGAAGCUUAUGAUUCCAAACAUCUCUGCCGAAGUCUCCUGGAAAGAGGGAACAGUUCACCUCUUACAGGUUCAAAUAUCAAAUAUAAGGCUACAGAUCAGUCUGCAGAGUUUCUUUCUUUUCAGGAUGCCAGCUGCUUGUAUAGAAACAUUCUUGAAAAAGAGAGAGAACUUCAGCAACUGGGGAUCACAGAGUAUCUAAGAAAAAAUAUUGUCCAGUUCCAGCCUGACAUGGAAGUUCAUUAUCCUGGAACACAUGAAGAGCUGAAGCUAAUGGAGACACUCAUGUACUCCAGGCCAAGAAAGGUUAUUCUAGAACAAACUAAAAAUGAGUAUUUUGAACUCAAAGCUAAUUUACAUGCUGAGCCUGACUACCUGGAAGUCCUGGAGCAGCAAACAUGAAGUGAUACUACUUUGGGCUGCGGACGAAUUUCUGUAAUUCUGUUUUUAGUUGGAACCAUUGUAAAUAAAAGUGCCUUAUAAUAACAUGUCAACAGUCAGACCUUAAGCACAGCAGUAAUCCUAGCAAAAAAAACCUCAGGGAUCACUGUGGGAAGCCAUGGGGUUAUGUGCAGGCAAUAUGUCUUACCCCAAGUUAAACAUGAACUUUGUGUGAUUGAACUGUGGGAGGAAGGUUGGUUAUUGAAAUAUUCCUCAACAUUUUUAAAAAGUGUGUAUGGCACUCUCCAUUCUGUACCUGACCUAUGGAAAAAAAUGUUCUAUUUACUUCUUUUUCCACUCAAUUUAAUUAGAU